AUGGAGGGAGGGAUUAAACAGGCAGGAGGUAUAAUUACAGUAAGAGAGCUGAGAGGGAAGCAGAGAGACCCGAGAGGCCCCCGUUCAUCCAGCUCGCAGGACCCGACAGAACCAGUUCACCUGCACCUCAUCACCCAGAGACCCAGACAACCAGACACUCAGAGAACCAGAGAACCAGAGACCCAGAGACCCAGAGACCUAGACAACCAGAGACCCAGAGAACCAGAGAGCCAGAGACCCAGAAACCCAGAAACCAGAGACCCAGAGAACCAGAGACCCAGCCUGCUCAGCGCUCCUCUCAGCAUCACCACGGACUCUCAGUCAGACUCCGUCAUGUCCUCGGUGUCUCUGCUUGCUGUGUUCGUUUCUCUGGCUGUCGGUCUUCUGAUUGAUGCAUCUCCGACAGUGUCUCCGACGGCGUCUCCUGUCCCACAAGUGGACACGUCUGCGGGGCUCCAGGAGGAGGCACUGUCCUCUGACUGUCCAUCUUGCUCUGUGGCACUGAUGAGGAAGAACUCUUCGUCUCCGGCAGGAGGACAGGCCGACAUGGUGGAGGCGGUGAAACGUCACAUUCUCAACAUGCUGCACCUGAGCGCCCGGCCCAACCUAACGCAGCCAGUUCCUCGCACUGCGCUGCUCAACGCCCUCAAGAAGCUGCAUGUGGGCCAUGUGGCUGAAGAUGGCAGUGUGGAGAUCCAGGAGGAGGGCCGGGGCCCCGGGGCCCCAAUGCCACCUGAGCCACCAUCUGAAAUCAUCACCUUUGCAGAGCCAGGAGAUUCUGCAAACACUGUGACCUUUGACAUUUCAAAAGAGGGAAGCGGCUCUGUGGUGGUGGAACAAGCUAACGUCUGGAUCUUCCUGAAGUUGUCAAAGGGGAACCGAGUGAAAGGCAAAGUAACGCUGCAGCUUCACAACGAGGAAGAUGAAUCUGUUUCAGAGAAGAUGGUGGAUACUCGUCGCAGCGGCUGGCACACGCUUGCCAUCUCACACAGCGUUCAGUCUCUGCUGGACCGCGGCAACAGCUCACUCAGCCUGCGAGUGUCCUGCCCACUGUGCACCGAGGCAGGAGCCACGCCCGUCCUGAUGCCUCCCAACGGCGAGCGAGCCAAAGAGCGGGAGCAGUCUCACUGGCCGUUCCUCAUGGUGGCACUGCGAGCCGGAGAGGGGGCGGCUCAGCGGAGGAUCAAACGAAGUCUGGAGUGCGAUGGCAAAAUCCACGUCUGCUGCAAACAACAGUUUUAUGUUAAUUUCAAAGACAUCGGCUGGAGCGAUUGGAUUAUUGCACCGUCUGGUUACCAUGCCAACUACUGCGAAGGCGACUGUCCGAACCACAUGGCAAGCAUCAGCAGCUCAUCUCUGUCCUUCCAUUCAACAGUCAUCAAUCAGUACCGUAUCCGGGGCUACAGCCCGUUCCAGAACAUCAGGUCCUGCUGUGUGCCGACGAGGCUGCGCGCCAUGUCCAUGCUCUACUACAACGAGGAGCAGAAGAUCAUCAAGAAAGACAUCCAGAACAUGAUUGUGGAGGAGUGCGGCUGCUCAUAA